CCUUCCACACAUUCUCUCUUGCCUCCCCAAGCCAACAUGCGUAUUCUGGUCCUUCUCUGCGCCCUGGCCGCGGCACGGGCGGCGCCGCAAUUUGUCUUCGUCCUUCCGCAAGACUUCAACGGCAGCCCCAACGUGCCCCUGCAGGCGAUCCCUCUCGACCAAGCGGUCAGCGUCCCUGCUCAGCCCUCCGCCGCCCCCGCAGAGGAGGCGCCUGCUGAGGCUGAGGUCGUAGCGGAGGCGGCUGAAGCUGCCCCCGAAGCAGCGCCUGAAGUUCCGGAAGCCGCCCCUGAGGCAGCCGAGGCUGUCCCCGAAGCCGCCCCCGAGACUGUUGCCGAGGCUGCAGAAGCCGCCCCUGAGGCUGCUACUGGAGGUGCCGACGCAACCCCCGAGGCAGCCGAGGCCGAGGUUGCGCCCUCCGCAAGCGAGCCAGCCCCUGAAGUGGCCCCUGAAGCUGCUGUUGAAGCCGCCCCCGCUCCCGAGGCCGCCCCUGCUGCCACGGUAGAUGUCGCAGAGCCUGCUGUGGUCGUGGCCGCCCCCGCUGCGCCGGCGUCGCUGCUCACCCUGGGCACCCCCGCCGUAACCACCAAGCUGCGCACCGACCCCUCCUCCCUGAACCUGGUGGACCCCCUGAGCCAGGUGGAGGCCCGCUUCCGCCCCUUCAUCUACCCCAACGACUCCCCUGACGUCGUGGCCGCCAAGGUGGCCCUCUUCCGCCUGCACGCCUCGCGCCACCCGCCGGCCGCGCCCGCACCCGCCCCAGCCCCCCCAACCGCAGCGUAAACCCCAGUGAGGUCGCGUGUGAAAGCGUGUGUGAAUCGGAGAGGGAGAUAAAGAGAGAGAAAGGAAGAGAAUAAGGUGUGAGUGAAGCAGUUCGCUUAUACUCUAUCAGAUCUUGCAUUUCUUCCGUUCGAACUCUGUAUCUUCCUCUCACUCUUCUCCAAUACUCCUAAUUCACCUAUUGCAAUCUUCUUUCCGAAUCCUAGUUGGUGUGUGAAUUCACACAUCAGUCUAGUGGUCUGCCAUGUAAAUAGAAUCUUAUUUUGUCUAUGACUCUGUAAAUAGUGGCUGUGAGUAGAAUAGCAGGCUUGUCUAGUCUCCAAAAGGCUUGGCUGGGGCGUCUGGAGGUGCAUGGGCGCGCACGGGCUCGGGCGUUUGUGAUGCCAAAAGGUUUUAUUCAUGGGCGAGCAUUCAUCAUUCGAACCACACUCUUGUGUGUUUCUUGAGAAUCUCUGAUGUGUUUAUGAAUCGGCCUUCGUUUAGCAUCACUCGUGUACAAGAAUACCCAUUGUUUUAGGGAAGGUGUAUGAAAAUUGUACAUUGACAACUUCCCUAAGUCGGUGUCGGAAGGCAGAGCUGAAGGGUUACCUCAUCUUCACCCUUGAGGCUGUCAUGAGACACACGUGGAGGCACAGAGAAAUCAGUGCCAUGCAAACCAAAAAAUAAAAUGUACUUUAAGUGUCCGAAAGGAUGCACCAUUCGAGGAUAGGUAUUUCUUAUCCCAACUUAUUGGUUAUUACGCCCUGUUAUUCAUAGAAAACAGCGCUUAAUAAUACGUGACUUAAUGAUGGUACAGCUUGGCGGACACUUCAUGAACAUUAUAUCCUAAUAAAUAAUGAUGCCACAUCCCUGCACCGCACUCUUUGGAAUGAGGAAAUAGGGGAAAGGAGGAUAUCCUGCCCCCUCUCCUUCCUCUCCCAAAAGAGAAGAGGAAUGUGUCGAAAAAAAAUGUAGCGCGUCCCUCCCACUGGAUUGCUCCGCUGCUCACACUCGAUUCGGCUUUGUGCUGCUUGCGACGAUGUUAAGAAAAUAAAGGAUGAUUGAAUAA